GAAGAAUUUAGGUGGGGUUACAAAAUUUUGCGUUACCCCAGGUGCUGAGAGUCGAGAUGGAACGUUUGCUGUAAUCUGAUCUAAACUCUUGUUACUGAACAUGGUCUUUGACUAGUUUACGAACCAUUCAUGCCUACCACCUGUUGCCACAUUUAAAAUAUCUGUUCUAAUACAUUCCUGCACUUGGCUGCUUAGUGCAAUUACUCACCCUGUCUAAUUAGUAUUACCUUGUUGAGUGGCGUACAAGACCCAUGGAGUGCACUUCAGAGCCCGAUAAAACUUCUGAAAAGAGCUUAGAUGAGGUAUGUCAAAAGUUGCAAGAAGUCUCAGCAAUAAAUGGAGAUCCUUCGAUUACAUCAGCGGCGAAAAAGAAGAAAAAACACAAGAAAAAACCUGUACAAAAUACAUCGGACUCUAUCUGUGUUGAUGGUAGUAAUAAUGAAAGCAAAGCCAAAGAAAAUGAAACAAGCAAUAUUGUGGUCGACAACGGUCAAAAUACGGUUCCUACUAGCAAGAAAUCUAAGAAAAAAUCGAAACCCAAAAAUGUAGGUGCUGAUGCACCUUCUUCAAGUAGUGUUCAGACAGAUCCCCCUUCCAUUCCUAUUUGUCAGCUGUACCCUAACGGGGAUUAUCCGGUUGGCGAAGUCAUGGACUAUGAACCGAAUGCCGAUGGUCGUACAGCACUUAAUCGUACAACAGCAGAAGAAUGCAAAGCUCGUGAUAAUGCACAUAUAGAGACUUAUCAGCACUUCCGUGAGGGUGCAGAGGUUCAUCGACAAACAAGGAAUCAUAUUAAAAAAUGGAUACGUCCAGGUGUACGUCUCAUUGAUAUGUGUGAAGAACUAGAACGCACCAGUCGUGCACUGAUUUUAGAACGUGGACUAACUGCAGGGUUAGCUUUUCCUACUGGCUGUUCAAUCAAUCAUUGUGCUGCUCACUACACUCCCAACGGAGGAGAUAAUACUGUCCUAAAUUAUGACGAUGUUUGCAAAAUCGACUUUGGCGUACAUGUUAAUGGUCGUAUUAUUGAUUGUGCCUUCACACUUCAUUUUAAUCCUAAAUUUGACACUUUGGUUGAAGCUGUUAAAGAUGCAACUAAUACUGGUAUUAAGGCAGCUGGGAUUGACGUCCGUCUCUGUGAUAUCGGAGCAGCUAUUCAAGAGACUAUGGAAUCGUAUGAAGUAGAACUGGAUGGAAAUACUUACCAAGUUAAACCUAUACGCAAUUUGAAUGGUCAUUCUUUGGGACCCUAUCAAAUUCAUGCUGGAAAAACUGUACCGAUUGUACGUGGAGGAGAACAAACUCGUAUGGAGGAAAAUGAAUAUUACGCUAUCGAAACUUUCGGUAGUACAGGGAAAGGCUAUGUCAUUGAUGGAGAUGAAGUUUCACAUUAUAUGAAGAAUUUCGAUGUUGGACAUGUCCCCUUAAGAUUAGCUAGGUCUAAGCAACUGUUGAGUGUAAUCGAUCGUAAUUUCAGCACCCUUGCUUUCUGUCGUCGAUGGUUGGAUCGUUUAGGCGAGACAAAAUAUCUGAUGGCUCUAAAGAAUUUGUGCGAUGUAGGUAUAGUAGACCCUUAUCCUCCUCUGUGUGAUCAACGUGGAUCAUAUACUGCUCAGUGGGAGCAUACAAUUUUACUAAGACCAACGUGUAAAGAAGUUGUCUCACGCGGAGAGGAUUACUAAAUCUUUUGGAGUCUACCAUCUCUGAUUUUUCGUUCUUCAUAAAAAUGGAAAAUAUUUUUUGUAUACAAAAAAUUUUCAAUUAUGCAAGUUAUUUCCAUCCAAACAUGUGAAAAAGCUUUUCGUCUCGUUUAUUAUUGUAUUGUUGACUUUUCAGCUCCUUGCUACAAAUAAACCUCAUUGUAAGGUUUCUUAUUUAUAAUCUUAAACUUGUGCUUGAGUUUGUACCGUAAAAUUCGACAUGACUUACAUAUUCAAAGAAGGGGGGAAAACUUGACUUCAUCUAAAUAAAGUUUCCAGGUUUC